AAAGAUUAGUUUCGACAUUCAUAAACACACAACGAUACCACGACGAUACCACGAGGUCCUCAGUGAAGCGAAUUUCGCAGAGAGGACGGCGUUUUUGUUUUAAUAAACUACGUUUGAUCAAGACAACUUACUUUUUUCUAAAAUGACAGAGGAGGUUAACCCUAAAGCCUAUCCUUUGGCUGAUGCCUCACUUACUCAGGAAAUUUUGGAUCUUGUUCAACAAGCUUCACACUACAAACAGUUGAAGAAAGGGGCAAAUGAAGCAACAAAGACACUCAACAGAGGAAUAUCUGAAUUCAUUGUCAUGGCAGCUGAUGCAGAACCACUGGAAAUUCUGUUGCAUUUGCCAUUGCUUUGUGAAGACAAGAAUGUUCCAUAUGUCUUUGUCAGAUCCAAACAAGCUUUGGGAAGAGCCUGUGGUGUGUCUAGGGCUGUCAUUUCUUGCUCUGUGACAGUGAAUGAGGGAUCACAACUCAGACCCAAGAUUCAGACCAUUCAGCAAAACAUUGAGAAACUUCUCAUCUAGAUCAUUGCUGCACAGAAAAAGUCCUUGCAGAAGUGCAUUAGAAAAAAUAAUGUCUGGAAACAUUACCUGGAAAAACGGACAACUUUGUGUUCAAAUACUUCAUCAUCUGUUGUUAAUUUUUUUUGUUUAAUCAUGGUAAACGAUUAUACUGUUUUUUAGUUUAUAUCAUUUUAAUAAAACAGAUAUUACAUUUA